AUGGAAGCGAGCACAGACGCCGAAGGAGGACGACUCGGCAUGUGACAAAUGUUGCUACGGCGAGUGACUUCGGCCUCGCCCGGUCCUCAGAUUUCAGCGUGGUGAAGCAGGAGCAACCACGAUGAAGUUGCUAAAGCCAAGCUGGGUGACCCAUGACGGUCACCCAAUAUUUUCUGUGGACAUCCAUCCUGAUGGGUCCAGAUUCGCUACCGGCGGUCAAGGCUCGGACUGUGGCCAGAUCUGCGUAUGGAACAUGGCUCCUGUGGCAAGGGAGGAAGAGGAGCUCAGCGAUUCGGUACCGAAGCUGCUGUGUCAGAUGGACAACCAUUUGGCAUGCGUCAACUGCGUCCGGUGGUCCUCAGAUGGUCGUCACCUCGCCUCUGGUGGUGAUGACAAGGUUAUCAUGAUAUGGAUGAUAGGACGGUACGGCAUGAGCUCCUCUGGUAUGUUUGGUGGGGGAGGCAAGACCAACGUGGAGCACUGGAAGUGUGUCAGCACACUAAGGGGCCAUUCUGGAGAUGUCCUGGAUCUGGCCUGGUCUCCAUUCGACUCCUGGCUUGCGUCGUGCAGUGUCGACAACACUGUGGUCAUCUGGAACGCCAAGAGAUGGCAGGAAAUCCUGGCUGUUUUAAAAGGGCACACUGGCCUCGUAAAAGGUGUCUCAUGGGAUCCAGUUGGAAAGUACAUUGCGUCUCAGUCUGACGACAAGAGCUUACGGGUAUGGCGGACUCACGACUGGCAGCAGGAGUGCGUCAUCACAGAGCCAUUCUUGGAGUGCGGAGGCACCACCCACAUCUUACGCCUAAACUGGUCUCCCGACGGCCAGUACCUCGUCUCUGCACAUGCCAUGAACAACGCUGGCCCCACAGCCCAGAUUGUUGAGCGUGACACCUGGCGCACUAACAAGGACUUUGUGGGUCACCGUAAAGCUGUAACAUGCGUGAGGUUCAACUCUCACAUCCGAUCAAGGGUAAACAAGGACAACAACAAGACACAGACGUUUUGCUGCUGUGCCAUUGGAAGUCGGGACAGGUCUCUGUCUGUCUGGCUAACCUGCCUGAAGCGACCUCUUGUGGUGGUGCACGACCUCUUCUCAAACUCUGUGUUAGACAUAUCCUGGAGCCAAGAAGGGAACCAGUUACUGGUGUGCUCCUGGGAUGGCACUGUGGCUUACAUCGACUUCACUGGGGAGGAGAUCGGGAUGCCAAUUAGUCCGGAUGAACGAAACUUGUGGCACCAGAAAUUGUACGGCAAAAGUUUGUCGGGUCCGGGGAGCCAACAGCGGCAGUCAGGUGCCACCUUGGUGGAAGACCCCGAGGUGCUGAAGGCCCAGGAGCAGUACUCGAAAGCGCAGCAGCAGCAGAGGACGGCCUCGACUCUGUCCAAGGAAGUCAACGGGGUCACGCCUUCUGCGAGCCCAGCUACGAGCAAUGUGCCUACGAGUUCAGCAAACUCGGUGGUGCGCCCCAUCAACACCAACAGCAACAGCAGCCGCCCCCUUCCAUACAUUAAGGGCCCAACCGACAAACAAAUUGAAACAAGAAUGCCCGACGGCCGUCGCCGGAUUACACCACUCUUCAUUCCUCCUGAUCCUGAAGUCGGAGAUGUUCCUGUGCCGUUCAACAGCCAAGCACUGCCUAACUUCAGCUCUUCCACCGAAAGCAAAAGCAGGAUCGUCAUUGAGAAGCGGGACGAGUCCUCCAGCGUCCCUGCGACCGAUCUCUGUGACAAGUCCUCGGACAAGACUCCCAGUCUAAAGGAUGAACAGGUGGCAACACCAGCGACACAAGGUCAAGGUUCUGAAAAAGACACACCUGCCUCCACUGCGGUAAACACCGUGCCAAGUUCUGCUCCACCGGCUGUGUCAACAGCAGCUUCUGAACAGUCUGAUAAGCCAGCAGCCAAGUCUGCUAGUGAAAUACCGAUGCCGACAAGCAAGCGGAAAGCCACAGAGACGACACCAGCUGUGGCGAGGCCGCCGGAGAAAAAGCGAGGUCGACCACCGCUAGACCGCACACUACAGCUUCAGCAGCAGCAACAACAGCAGCAGCAGGCACAGAAAGAAAGUGCAGGGCAGUCAGCCGCCAACGCCCAUCAGUCUGUGCCAGGCGGCGUUCCUCAACGGCAUCAGGCUAUGUUUCCGGCAUUGAAGCAAGGCAUGCCAGCCACAGUUAAGAAGCUUCCGCUGCAGGUGGCACAGCUCGAGAACUCGAAGGUGCUGAGGAGCAUUCAGCUGCAGACAGACAUUCCAGUGCCUGGAUCGCGGACAGUCAGCAAGGUGCGAUGCAGCGAAGAGGAAGUGGUGUUCUGGGAACACCUGGUCUCAGGACGAGGAGUAGCUCUUGCGGCUAGCAGUCACGUGGUGUGUGUGGUGUGUGAAGACCGGACUUUGACGGCCCUAUCGUGCUUAACGGGUGCCAAGCUCAUGCCACCGCUGCUGCUGUCAUGGCCCGUGGCCCACAUGCUGUGCAAAGGCAGUUGCCUGCUUGUCCUGACGACCCACGGCUCGCUGCACGUCUGGGACCUGAGCAGGCGAAUCUGCACGGUGCGCGACGAGUCCGUGGCCCUCCUGUUCGCGACACAGGCGGGAGCCACGCUCCGGGCUUCCAGCAUCACGGACGAGGGUCUGCCGCUGUUGACGCUCACGACGGGCAAGUCAUACCUGUUCAGCAAGGACCUGGGCUCGUGGCUACUGCUUACGGGAAGCGAAGACGCUGUGGCGCAGUGUUCGGACCACCAUGCAUCCAUGCCCGCCAUGGCAGACGGAGUCAAGAGCUCAACACUGCCCUUGGGAUCACUCCAGCACAACAUGUUCAGGGUACCCCAGCGGGCCAAGUCGGUGUUCCAUGCUGGCCCAUCGCUGCAGCAGGCUGGCACACUGAGCUUCCUGGAUGGCCAGAUUGCCGCAUCUUUGGCUCUGCGAUCGUCCACCGAGUACCGCUUCUGGACACUCACAUUGGCACGGUACCUUGUCACCGAGGGUUUGGAAGGGAGGCUAAAAGAUCUCUGCACCCAAUUCCUUGGGCCUAUUGGUGGCAACUCACAGUCAUGGGAGCCAUCUGUACUGGGCUUGGACAAACGUGGCCUUCUCCAAGAGGUGUUGCCCUUCCUGGCUUCAAACUUACGGCUUCAACGACUCUUCACAGAGUUCAAAGAACAGUUAGACAUGGCUGCCAAUGAGAGCCUGCUGCCAAAUGGUUGAUCAGCAACCUGCAGAGCUAGACAUCUUACACUCUCACCUGUCAGGCCUAUAGCACAAACUGGAAAAACUCUAGCAGGAACGGGGAGAGCUCUCAUAGUGGAGCUGUGACGUUUGCCCCUGCAGCCUUUCAUUUAGCAGAAUCUUCAACCUUUCGGUGCAGCUGCCUCAUCAUUGCCGGUUUGUUAUGGCUGCUGUGAACAGAAGAGGAAACAAUGGUUUUGUGAUUUCUGAAAUGCACGUGAGGAGUGCUAUCUGAGAAGCCUAUUUUAAUUGUGGUGCACCGGCGACUUCUGUUGGGGUGUUUCUUAGCCAACUGCGCCAGGAUUCGAAUGCAGCGACGACAUCACCUUGCCAUCGCCGGUGUGCCAAGGCCAGUGUGGAAGAACAAGGACUUUGCUCAUGUGAUUUCCAUAGUUUGCAUGGGAAGUUGUGGUCUUAAUUUUUUUACCAGUGCUGCGUCGUAUCGAUCUGCCACUCUCUGAUAUUCGCAGCAUCCAAAUGAUUUAUUAUUUUUCUGUAUAGUGUCAUCGUUCAUCCAAAUUAUGUUUUGCGAUAAGCACUUUCAGAAUGCAGGCAUGGUGGAACUCAGCUGUAACAGAAUCGGUGUGCUUUCCCAGCAGCGUCACUGACAUAAACAUGCAUAGAAGGACUGUGUCGAGCUUUUGCAAAACAGAUAUGUAGUCUUGAAUACUGUGCACGCUAAAGUCAGAGCCUGGUACUGCGACCAAAGCCAAGACGGUCAUUAUUUCUAGCAUGAGCAUGUCAUCGCUGUGGUUAUGCACGAGUACAUCAUGGAUUCAGUUUCUGUUAGGUUGCACAACUGCGUUACUUGCAGCUCCUCAACUUUGUCAAGUGGAGGGCAAUGCCACACCUUGACUGUGCUUCAAUAACACUCCUCAGCGAUUCCUGCACCAUUUUUUCGUAAACAGGCACUGGCAGUAGAGGAGUGUUAUUCAACUGACUCCUCACCUAGAAAUUAAUACUCGGCUGAUUACAUAAAGCAAUUCCUCACUAAAGGGGUUACUGAGGAGCAUUACCAAAGAGAUGUGGCUAUCUCAAGCAACUCAUUAUCCCAAACAGUCAAGGAUUACUACUGAAGCAGAGCGACUAUCUCGAGCAAACUCUUUGGAGGAGUUUGAGGAGCAUUGCUGAAGCAAGUUGCUCGGGAGCAUUACUUAAGUGAUGCGACAAUCUUAAGCAGCUGCUUACCUAAGUAACUGCCAAGAAGCACUACUGAAGCAGAGUGGCUAUCUCAAGCAACUCUUCUUUGAAGGAGUCUCAGGAGCCUUACUGAAGCAAGUUGCUGAGGAGCAUUACUGAAGUGAUGUGACUAUCUUGAGCAACUCUUCUUUGAAAGAUCCUGAGGAGCCUUGCUGAAGUGAUGCGACUAUCUCAAACUUUUUAUCACAGGAAUUGCUGGGAAGCAUUGUUGAAGCAGAAUUAGUUGAGGGAUGGCACAGCCCUUUACGCCUAAGGGAUGGAGUUGAGUCGAGGCAUGUGCGUGGAUGUGAGGGUUAGAUUGCAGCACUGUGUUCCAUCCACUUUUGGUGCCCACAGUACAGUUGCAUGACGUGAGUGCAGGCAUUUCUUUUAAUUUUGUUUUUGCAUGUUACGUCUUAAUGAAUUACUGAACCAGUGUGUUUUAUAGUGUCCCCUUGAAUCUGAAGAAAAGGUCCUCUAUCUACUAUUGUACAUACCAUACGAACACUUGCCGCACAAGCCAUUUCACAGCCCUGACGUCGAUUUCUUCCCACUCACCUACUUUCCCAACGCCAACUAAGACAUUGUUUAUGUCUCCCUGCUGGGUUUAUAUCUUAAGCAGCCAUACAAGAAGCUUCCACCAGAGCAAUGGAAGCAAUGCAUAGUGACUGCCAUUCCUGCCGAGUCAUUGCUGUGCUAUCCCUGUUGAUGUUAGCACUUUGUCCUCGGAUGCCUAUAUUUACCAUUGAAUUUGUGAUGCCGGUACUAUUUUUUAUUUCGAUUCUUGUGGCUUAUUGCUGAUCUUGCUGUUUUUUGGCACUAAGGACAACCAAGAGUUAGCGUUGAAAAGAGUUACGAGGAUGCUUUUUUUAAUAUAAAUAUUUUAUUUACAUUAAAUCAUGCAGGUGCGCUGUAUACAUUUGGAAUUCUUUGGCAGAUUUUAAACCAGAGAAUCGAAGGUGUAUACGAUGAAUGAAAUGAGGGAAGUGGGUUAGAAAUAAUAAGCAAAGUUAUUGAAGGCAUGCCCCCUUUUUUUCCCCUUGUUACGGUUUUCAUAAGUUUAUGUUACUGUUAAAAUGCUUUAUUUUGGUGGCAGUCUGCAAAAGAAAGAAAAAAAAAAAAGCUUUGCAACACAAUGCGCAUGCCCAUGCGUUAAGGCAGUCUGGCGAGACUAGCAAUUGUGUUAACCCUUUGCGGUCCGGUGUCGGGCAGGGCCCGACAACUAGCAAUUGUGUUAACCCUUUGCGGUCCGGUGUCGGGCAGGGCCCGACAACGCAACAUGUCCAUAGCGGUCCGCUGUUGGGCACCGCCCGACAAGGGGGUUUGGGGGUUAAAUUUCGCGGCUUUUCUCACUGCGAUUCGUGCGCAUUCUUUGUAUACACGAUGCGCCAUCUCUUGAGGGAUAAAUAAACUUUGUUGAAGUUUACUUCUCUUAGCGCUAGGGUGCAGCACAAUGUUCAGCACAGCUUCUGGAUACCAGAGCGUUCUCACUUGCGCUACUUGCGCGCGGAACAGCAUGUUCGCCCGCAAUAAACUUGAUGCGCCAUCUCUUGAGGGAUAAGUAAACUUUGUUUGUUGAAGUUUACUUCUGUUUGCACUAGGGUGCAGCACAAUGUUCAGCACGGCUUCUGGAUACCAGAGCGUUGUCACUUGCGCGUGGAACAGCACGUUCGCGCGGCUCGCUGAGAAGCAUGACCACUUUUUCAUCGCGUGCGUUUGACGGUGGCGCAUUUAGGGAAAGCUUCUAGAGGUUUCCAUUUUCAAUAGCUUUAUUUUGAGGCUCACACAGCUGCAGAAUCAUGCUGAGAAAGAACAGCGACACCUGCAGUACCGCCGCAACCUCUUCCAACAGCCGGUGGGUGACGUGAGGGCUAGAGCCAAAAAUCGGGGCCCGUCUGUAUGGAAGGAGUGCGAGGAAAUGCUAGAUGAGAGGAGCCAUUUCGUCUACAAGCUCCCAGGCUGAAAUAGCAAAGACUGUGCUGUUUGUAGUGAUCGAAAAACAAACGGAGGCAGGAGGGAAACUGUUUUUCUGCAAAACCUGCAGUAACAACCCUGGCCUGCACCCAGAAAAAUGCUUCGAGUGGUAUCACACGCUGCUCAAAUAUCGGUAGAGGAGUUGCCUGCAGAAUGCAAAAGAAAAAAAUAAAUAUCCUAUGAGUUUUUCGUCCAGUUUGGGGUUUUCAUCGUGGCACUAUAAACUGGCAAAAUGGUUUCGGACUGGGACAGCUGGAAAGUGGGUAAAAGUUUCGGACCGCAAAGGGUUAACCUAGUAGGUGCUUUGCAUCAAUUAAAAAGUUGACCUAUGUAUAAGUUAGCAUAAGCAUUGUCGUGUAAAACAGAGGUUUAUCUAUUAUUAGUUUUACUAGAGUUAAUGGUUUCGCAUAAUACUGGGACAGAAACGGAAGCACCUGCAACGUCGGUACCAGUAGGCGACACUUUGUUUAGACCAGAACAUGCUGGAACAUUUUAUUGUGCGACAUUUCUCGUUGGUGAAAAGUGUUUAGUAUUAUGAAUUAUGCAUUUUUGCAAACUGUGCCAGCAGGUAAGGAUAUGCAGCCACAGAAUGUCAUAUGGUUGAAGUGUGCUGUAAUUGAAGUCACAUUCGACAUGAAAAUGCCUUAGUGAUCAUGUAUUCAGUGCCUGCUAAUUUUGAAGACAAUUUGUAUAUUUACUUUGUUGUAUUCGGUAAUUCGUUAUAUGCAUCAAAUUGUUAUAUCCGUGUUCAUUAUGUUGGGACUGUAAGGUCCAUGCACUUUGGUUGAGCUCAGUGUAAUGAGUUGUCCCCAGCUGUGCUGUCAUGGCUGUGCCCUGAUAUUACAACUUAAGGGCAAUGCUGAAAUGUAUGUGUGCUGGCUAAAACACUCCAUGUGUGGUACAGGCGCAGCUUGAAGAUUUAUGUGAAGCGCUACCACAUGAUGCCCUGCAAAGUCAGACUGGACCAGUGCCAUUGGGAAAUCUUUCUUACUGAAUCAAUCAAAUCUUUAUUCACAAUUUAUUAAAAACUUUUAAUAAACACAGGACAACAGUUUUUUUAAUGACUUUUCUGGUCUGUAAAACUUUUUAGGCAGUGGAACAUCCAUAAGCAAAGCAACGUGUGGCUGCCUGUCACCUCGGCUCUGUUUUCUGUAUUUAUAGGAUGUAUGUAUAAUCCUGACAGUUUGCAGUUGAGAGCAGUUUGUGAAAGAGCUAUGCACCUGCCAUAAUGUCCUCGUGGCAAAAAUAUUGGAGAAAAGCAGAGCUGUGUGUAGAUGGCAGCGUUUUAUUUCACGGUGAAUUCUGCCUAAAUUGUAUGUGGAGUGUACUCGGCUAUGUUGUUAUUCACUUUUUCUGCAACAAAUUUUCAAAUUUGAGAGCAUUGUCUUCAAAAGGAUGUUAUUCGAGCUGGGCCGAAAUAUUAAAUGCAAAAAGAAUAUGAAACUAGUGUAAAUCUUCGUCUUCGUAGAUGGUCUACCAAGCCAAAGGCUGCAAUGUUUAGCCAUAUUCACAUUCACUUUAAAAAAAAAAAGUUGUGAAGGCUCAUUGGCAGCGUAAGCAGCAACAUGCAGGGCUUCAUAGGAUCAUCAGUUGCAUUAGCGUCGUGAAAUACCUGCAUACUGUAAGCUACACUCUGCUAAAAGGUAGUUCGUUGACUUUUGUGCAUUGUAAGUAGAGCACGCAUGGUAGGAUUGUUGAGACAUAGUAACUAGCUGCCUGGCAUUCAUGUGAAAUGCAAGAGCUUAGAAGCAGAUGGCAUGCAGUGCAUCUUAUAUGCACGCACACAGGUAUACCAUGUGUACACAGUUCAAAUUGAUGUACUUCUUAGGUGUUCAUCAAUUAGCAAUGCACGUCGGACCGUUCAUUGCUGCAAAUUUAAGACACGAUAUGAAGGUACAUUUGCAAGUUAUGGGAGAAGUGUUGCUUUCCUGCCUGGGACGUUUACAGGAGUGGAUGCUCGAGUGUCAGGCUUAAUGUACAAAGCUUGACUAAUACUUCUGCCAUAUUGGCAGGUUGCCUUGGAGGAUGGUUAAAAAUACUGGGCACUUGAGGACUGUACAUGAAGUUGCUUGAAAGAUAUUUUGCAACAAAAUGUUUGAAUUGUGCUUCAUUGUAAUUGGGUGUCACGUGUGUAAUGAAGUCCACUACACUUAAUGAGAUGAUUGAACUAUCUCCAUCACAAGGGUAUCACCUUGCUUCCACAUUGUACUGCUAGUACGUCCACUGUGGCACUGGUAGGUUUUAGGUAUUUCUCAGCAAAAAAGAAAGUAUCACAUGUAGCCUUUAAAUAUCAUAAUUUUAGUUCUGAACAAGUUAAAAUUAAUGGAAUGUUGAUAGCAUCAGUUCUGCAUAUUGAGCCACCCAAACAAUUGCUGAUUGAUGUGAUUAGCAUGGCAGGACAUCAAUAACAUUUUUGCAAGUGAGGACAAAGCAAUGCAAUGCUUAUUGUGCAGAGGCAGUGGUAUUGCUGUGCAAUGGAAGUUGCCUUGCAUAAGUUCAAUAGUGGCAGGGGAGUGUAAAUCGCAACAACCACUGGAGUGUAAUGUUUUGGCCAAGUAAUUGUAUAUGUGCAUGAAGCAACUCAGCUCAGCGACUGCCUGUGUCAUUUUGUAAAUAGAGAAAAAAAAACUUUUUUAAGUCAUUCUAUUUUUUUUUUCACCCUUGGAUGCAUCAUCUGUAUUUAUAGUGGUCAUAUUCACCAGCAUGAGUGUUUCCUCCUGUUUUGUUGUGUUGGUACAUAUUUCGUUUUGAUAUUUUCCCUUUUGCUAUGUAUAUUUCGCGUUUUGGGUAAUAUAGUGUUUUAUGUUCGCUGCCGACCACCCUCUUUUUCAUGUACAACCAUCACUGUUCCCACUGUAAAAAGAAUAAAUUUGUAUGAAACAUCUA